AUGGAAUCUAACAUAGUUGUAUACGAUUUAACAGUGUCAAAGAUAUGGUGUACUAUGUGUGCUAACAAAAUCAAAUCAAGUUUUGAAGGUCAACCAGGUAUGGAUUUAUAAUAAUGAAUAUUAGGAAUCUAAUAUGUGUAAGUAAAUGUUAUGGCUGAAAGAGUGAUCAUUUCUUUUGAUUAAAACAUUAUGUAAAAGAUAUAAAUCUAAUAUGAAGCACAAUGAAUUAAAUCAAAGAGAUAUUUGAGAAAAACAACUUCUUUAUAGUAGGAUAGCCUAGAUUAAUUAAUAAUGAUUCUAAUUAACAAAGAACAUGUCAAUUCUUCUUUCCAAAUGCUGAGUAUGAUCUAGAAGAGCUUGUAGAUAUAAAAAACAAUCUUUAUAAAGAAUAUCAAGGGGGAUUGAGUGGGAUAUAAGAAUAAUCUUUUAAAUACAAUAAAUAAGUACAUUUUAGAUUACAUUUUUAUAGUCUGGAUAAUUAAUGUCAAUUAACUAUUAACCACUUUCAAUAUCAGGACAUUAAUUAAAGCAAUUUAUUGAAUCAUUUGUGAAAGAUAAGAUAAUAAAAAAUGAUGAAAAAGAAAAUUUGGAUGCAGAUUUGAGUCUAUAUAUUUAUAAUUAAUUAUUGGAAAAAUUUAGGAAAAAAGAACGACUUGUUGAAAGUGUCACUUAAAAAAAAUUAAUUUUGGCAAUAAUAUUAAGUGCUUUAUUUUUGGUAUUAUGUUCUAUUAUGCCUCAUUUUGAAUUCUAUACACCUAUUUUGACAUAUCCUAAUGAGAAAUCCAUCUUUAGUUUAUAUUUAGUUUUGAUAUUUAUUAUGACAACUUUGACUCUAGUUAAAUUUGGUACAUAAACAUAUAAAAAUGCCUAUUAAUUGUUUAUAAAAUACAAGUAUAAAUUGUCAUAAAUACUAGAAUGUUUAAUAUGGAUACAUUAUUAACUUUAGGUUCAUUAGCUGCUUAUGUUAUGAGUAUAUUUAUGUUAAUAGUAUAUACAAUUGAGAGUGAAAAUGAAUCAACAGAGAAAUAUGAUUAAUUAGAAAGAAUAAUGAAUGUUAUUCAUGAUUUAGAGUCAGCAGGAUUAAUAUUAACAGUGAUAACUAUAGGAAAAUAUUUUGAAGGUAAAGCUAAAUAAACAAUUAUGGAUAUGCAGAAUUAGAUAUUUCCAUAAGAAUAAUUAUUAAAAACUCCAAUAGUAACAAGAGUGUAAGUGAAAAACUAGGAUUAUGAUAUUGAUACAUAACAUUUAUGUGAAGUAUCUUUAUUAGAGAAAGGAGACUUAAUUAUUCUAUAAAAGAAUAUGAAAUUAUUAGUUGAUGGUGUUAUAGUAAAAGGUUCAGUCACAGUUGUAGAUUCAAUAUGUUAUGGUUGGGAUGAUAAAUUUGAAGCUACAAUUGGAAUGAGAUUAAAAUCAGGUGCAGAUAUUUUAGAUGGUUCAUGCAUAUUUUAAGUAGAGUAAGUAAUAGAGGGUUCUAUGUUAUUUUAAAUAGCAGAAUAAUUAAAUUUAGCAUAAUCUGAAAGGGAAGAUAAAACUUUUGGUAUUUCAGCAAUGUUGUAAUCUGUAUCAUAAAAAUUUGUACUUGGUGUUAUUUGUGUAGCAUUAUUAGUAUUAUUUGUUUGGAUUUUAUUAAUUGGUUUAGAUAUAGUAGAAAUUGAUGAAUAUUGUGUAUGGUGUUUUCCAUUUGAAAGAGCAAUAUCUAUACUUGUUGCAUCAUGUCCUUGUGCUUUAGGAUUAGCUGUUCCAUCUGUUGUUAUAAUAACACUUAAUUUAGCAUUGAAAUGUGGAAUAUUAGUAAAAAAGGUAUUAAUUAUUGUUUAUUAAUAAAGAAUACAAUUUUUGAAUAAAUUAGUAAAGUAAAAUGUGUAAUAUUUGAUAAGACUGGAACUUUAUUUACUAAAGUAGAUCAUAUUGAUUCAUUUACUCUAUUAUCAAAAAAUCAGACAGAAGUUUGUUCAAAGAAUUAAGAUAAAACUAUAAUGAAGGUUAAACAAUUCUAAAGAUCUUUAGUAAUUUCAGAUCCUAUUGAGACUAAAAGAGAAUAAUAAUAUUGUGAAGGUACUCUUUAAUCAAAAUUAAAAUACAAUUAAACAUUAUCUGUUCAAGAUUUAUGGGCUAUUAUAAGUAUAUUAGAGAAAGAAUUCACACAUCCAAUUGCAACAUUAUUAUUUAAAGAAUCUAUAUCUAGAUAAAUUGGAAGAUAGAGUACUUUUGUAUUAACAGAUCAACCAAAAUUAGAAAAAAAUGGUAUUAUAGGAAAUGUAACAAGAACUACUGAUAAAACUUAAUUUAAAUGUUUGAUAGGAAAUUUAAAACAUUUAGAAAAUAAUAAUGCCAUUUUAGAAGAUUAUCUAUUAAAUAAAUGUAGAUUUUUAGAAGGAAGAGGUAAAACAGUAAUUAUAAUGGCUAUUGAUAAUAUACCAGAAGUAGUUGUUUGUUUAGAUAAUAAAACUAAUUUAAGACCAGAAGCUAAAGCAGUUAUUUAAUAUUUAAGACAAAAAUUAAAGAAAUAAGUAUAUAUUUUAUCUGGAGAUUCUAAGAAAACAGUUAAUUCAGUAGGUAAGUAUUUAGGAAUUCCUUCAAUUAAUUAAUUUGCUGAAAUAGAUGCAGAAGGAAAGUAGAAGAUUUUAAAAGAACUUAGAGAAAAUAAUUAAGAAGUUAUGAUGAUAGGAGAUGGAUUAAAUGAUAUAUUAUCAUUAUAAUAAGCAUGUGUAGGAGUAGCAAUAAAUGCUAAAUCUGAAUUGAAUUUGAUGGCAUCUGAUGUUAUUAUGUUAAAUGAGAAUCUAUGGAAAGUUGCUUCAUUAUUUAAUUUAAUGAAUAUUGCACUAAAAGUUGUCUACAUUAAUUUAUUAUGGGCAUUUGCUUAUAAUAUAUUUAUGGCUCGUAAAUUAUUACAUAUAUCAAUUUAGCUAUUGCUGCAGGAGUCUUUUAUGGACAAGGAUUUACAAUAUCUCCAAUGAUAUCUUCUACUGCCAUGUCCCUAUCUUCCGUUAUUGUUGUUCUUAUUAGUAAUUGUAUGCGAUUCAUCAAAUUUGAUCCAUCUCAAUAAUCAACUCUAAGAAAAGUUUAGGAUGAAAAGAUUAGUGAAUAAUCUCAAUGUUCUUAUGAUUCCUAUAUUGAAGUGAAUAGUUCUAGUUAAUCAAAUAGAAAAACAAAUGCAGAGAAAAUUAUAACAAGUUGA